CCCGCCUCCCGUGUGUUAGCGUCAUGGAUGUGUCAGGGUGGACUGAAAUUCAGGUUAUCACUCAAACAGCGGUUUUAACUUGAGGAGUUCGUCUUCCACAGACAAUGCACCACGAUUUAACAUCUAACUAGAUGUUAAAAGAGGAGGUGGAGAGCAGCCCUGAACCUGACGAUGAGGCGUCUGUCACGUAAGAAAGCCCUGAGCUUGGUGAAGGAGCUGGACGCCUUCCCCAAAGUGUCAGACAGCUAUGUGGAGACCUCAGCAUCUGGAGGAACAGUGUCCCUCAUAGCUUUCAGUGCCAUGGCACUUCUGGCUGUCUUAGAGUUCUUUGUUUAUAGAGACACAUGGAUGAAGUAUGAAUAUGAGGUUGACAAGGAUUUUUCCAGUAAAUUGAAAAUAAACAUUGACAUUACAGUCGCCAUGAAAUGCCAGCAUGUUGGGGCAGAUAUUCUGGACCUGGCUGAGACCAUGAUCACAUCCAACGGCCUCCAGUAUGAGCCUGCUAUUUUUGAGCUGACCCCACAACAGAGACUGUGGCAAAGGACGUUGAUUCUCAUACAGAGCAGGCUGAGAGAGAAGCAUGCUCUCCAGGAAGUCCUUUACAAAACUCUCCUGAAAGGCGGCCCCACUGCCCUGCCGCCACGAGAGGAUGCCUCCAUGGAGCCGCUCAAUGCCUGCAGGAUACACGGGCACGUCUACGUCAACAAGGUGGCCGGAAACCUCCACAUCACUGUGGGAAAGCCCAUUCACCAUCCUCAGGGUCAUGCCCACAUUGCAGCUUUUGUGAGCCACGAGACGUAUAACUUCUCUCAUCGAAUCGACCAUUUAUCUUUUGGGGAGGAGAUACCAGGCAUCAUCAAUCCUCUGGAUGGCACAGAGAAAAUCACCUUCAACAAUAACCAGAUGUUCCAGUACUUCAUCACAGUGGUGCCAACCAGGCUGAACACAUACAAGAUAUCUGCAGACACACACCAGUUUUCUGUGACUGAGCGGGAGCGGGUGAUAAACCACGCAGCGGGCAGCCACGGCGUUUCCGGCAUCUUCGUGAAGUACGACACCAGCUCACUGAUGGUGACGGUCAGCGAGCAGCACAUGCCGCUGUGGCAGUUCCUGGUGCGACUGUGCGGCAUCAUCGGCGGUAUAUUCUCCACGACAGGCAUGCUGCACGGGCUCGUCGGCUGUUGUUUUGAUGUUAUCUGCUGUCGCCUCAAACUUGGAGCGUAUCGGCCCAGAGAGGACGUGCGGCUACACAACCAGAACAAUCUAAACAAUCACCAGACUCCUUUGUUGGCUGACAAUGUGCCUCAGGAGUAGCAGCCAUAGUCAAACUGCUGAUUCUGCCUUCGUGAGGUUUAAUGGCGAGGAGGCGACCUGACAGAUCCUGUGAGUUCAUGCUUUCUCAUCCCCGUCGGAGAGAAGGCGUCAUCAUCCGAGGAUGCCCGUUGUUUUUUAAUGUUGUUCAGUUUGUGCUUUUUAAUUGUCAGUAUUUACAUAUGUCAUGGAAUUGUGUUUUUCUAUGAAAAAGGAAAAGCUGUCUUGUUCGACACUGUGCUGUUAACUAAGUUCACAUCAGAUGAUUGCACUUUAGGGUUAGGGUUUUGAAUACCUGUGAUGGAGUUUGUUUCUUUACAAAUGUUAGAAGCUGUGUGUUCCAUGUGCUGUAAAAUUGUCUAAUACCAAUAUCCCUGAAUUAAAAAAUAUGCUACCACAGUUUUGCUUUAAAGUUACAUGAACAUUUAGAUGAUCGUCAGAUACGUCAGUCUCUAUGAUGUGAACCAAAAAAUUAUGCUGAUCAAGUUUAAAGAGGCUGGUUGCAUUGGUAGGUAGUAGAAAUUCGUAUCCUUGUAUGUGGAGGAAAAAAAGAUAUUCACAUGCUUUAUCUGCAGCUGAUUUGUGCUACAUGGGUCGGUGCUUUAUUGGGUGCAGUUAGAAAAAUCUGUCAUCAUUUCUUAACCUUAAUGUAAAUCCAGCAUCUAAUACAGAAAAGUCCAGCGUUCGAGAGGUAGAGCAUGCUGUUGCUAAUUACUGCUAUUUCAGGCGCAACAAGUGAGCGUGUCGGUAAAUUAACAAGCUUAUGAAGAGAAUGAGAAGCCUGAGACUGAAAGAAAAUGAGGUUGUUUGAAGCCUGGAGACACCUCAAGAGAAUAAAAGGACUAUAAUAAAGGACUCUUCCACAGUUGUAAAAUGCCAUAAAACCUCCACACUCCAUAUAAACCUAAAGAGUACACCUCUGUUUUAUUAUUGUACGUGUAUUAAAAAGAACAGCUAUAAAUCAAAGCCCUGGACCUACAUUUCCCAUAAUGCAACUACACAUAAUCUUUUAUUAGAGCUGCUAUAGAUAGUAAAGUUUGCACUCACCUUUGAAUGCAGACUGUUGGAAAUCAUUGUUGAAGCCAAGAUCGGAUUACCCCGAUGACAUCACUGGGGUAUUUUUCUUUUUUCACACUUUGGAAAUCAGAAGAAGAAACAAAGACAUAACACAACCAAGCAGCAACCCCCAGGGCUGAAAAAUAAAGCC